CGCGUCGAUGGUUCCCGGUGCCGCACCCGCGAUGUCCUACCUGGAAGACUUGCCCUGCCGGAACCCGGAGAACUUCAUGAAGAACAUCGUCGCCGCGAAGAAGGAUCGCGGGAAGGUAACCAAGAGUUUGGGCAUGGGCAGGCUGAUCUUGUGUACUCAGUCUGACGCGACACCGGAGUUCGAUCAGAUCAUCACGACCGACACCACCAACCUGCUGCUGAGGUACCUGUUCAAGCAGAGCGAGCACCAGAGCAAGAGCGCCAAGUACGCGGUGAAGGAAGAGUCGAGCCCCAAGGACGUGAGCUCGCCGAGUUCGGAGCGCGAGUCCGCAGAGCCGGCGCCCAAGAGGAGGAAGGUGGGGAGCUGAGUUCCUCACGCGUCGGGGCCUCGGUGCCGGUUUUUUUUUGUAGAGAGCGUUGCGUAUAGAUAAAGGAAU